AUGGUCCUGUCGUCCCGUGUCCUCGGUGGUCUUGACAGGGGCGUCAAUCAGCCAGUUGGAUUUAUGGGCAAAAUUCCAGAUCCUAGCGUCAGGAAAGUCGUGCGCGAGGAGAUCUUUAAGCAGCUGGACACCGAAUACAUCUGCCCCGCAUCGACCAGCGAUUUGUCCACGGGGAGCUGCGUCUCUGAGUCGUCUGAACGAGAUCUGCGCCCCGGCACGGACGCCGAUGCGCGGAUAGAUGGCUCGCUGGGAUCGGUACCGCGCCUGUUUCCACGAUCACUUUGCUUGGCUGGCCAAGCAACAUUAUUCAUGGCCAUUGUCCUGACUGCCAUGCAGGUCGGGCUGGCGACCGAGUCCCUCGGCCACAAUCAGGCGUUUCGAUCUGCGUCGUACGGCUUCACGGGGUUUUCUGUUCUGAGGGGCCUCAUUGCCGGCCCAGUUAUUGUCCUUCAAUUCUGUGCCACCUUUCUAUGGAACUGGAUGAAGGCUCUCCAUCGGAAGGGAACACCUUACUCUGGUGUGCGCUCCGUAUAA